UCUCAUUCAUACUGCAUACAAUAUACAUACUCUCCUCCAAAAAAGCUCUGAACUAAUUCAAUGGCAGCUAACUCAACUGCAACGGCUCUUCAGUUGAUCGAACAGAUGACGCGAAACGCAGACGCCGUGCAGCAGCGCGUGCUCGCAGAAAUCCUGGCUCAAAAUUCGGAAACGGAGUAUCUCAAGGGUUUCGAUCUCGGCGGCGCCACCGAUCGGGAGACGUUCAAGUCAAAAAUCCCGAUGAUGACCUACGAAGAUAUCCAACCGUUGAUCCAGAGGAUCGCCAACGGCGAUCGCUCCCCGAUCUUAUCCGCUCGCCCCAUCUCUGAAUUCCUCACCAGCUCUGGAACAUCAGCUGGUGAAAGAAAACUGAUGCCUAGCAUCAAGGAAGAAUGGGAUCGCCGUCAGCUUCUAUAUAGUCUACUCAUGCCUGUUAUGGACCAAUAUGUGAAAGGAUUGGAUAAAGGCAAGGCGCUCAACUUCUAUUUCAUAAAGGCCGAGACCAAGACACCGAGCGGGCUACUAGCCCGACCCGUGCUCACCAGCUAUUACAAAAGCGACCUCUUCAAAAACCGACCCGCCGACCCGUUCAACGUCUACACCAGCCCCAACGAAGCCAUCCUCUGCGAGGACAACUCCCAGAGCAUGUACGCCCAGAUGCUCUGCGGCCUCUACGACCGCCUCCACGUCCUCCGCCUCGGGGCUGUCUUCGCCUCCGGCCUCAGCCGCGCCAUCACCUUCCUCCGCCUCAACUGGAAGCACCUCUCCCACGACAUCCGAACCGGGUCGGUCAGCCCCAAAUUCACCGACCCGCCCCUCCGCGAAUGCCUGGCCCGGAUCAUGCGGCCCGACCCGGACCUCGCGGAUUUCAUCACACGUGAGUGUGAAAAGGACACGUGGGAGGGGAUUGUGACCAGGAUUUGGCCUAAUGUGAAGUAUCUCGAUGUCAUCGUCACCGGCGCCAUGGCUCAGUACAUUCGGACGCUGGAUUACUACAGCGGCGGGCUGCCGAAGGCGUGCACCAUGUACGCGUCGUCAGAAUGCUAUUUCGGGUUGAAUUUGAAGCCAAUGUGCGACCCGUCGGAGGUGUCUUACACAAUCAUGCCAAACAUGGGCUAUUUCGAGUUUUUGCCGAUCGGCGGUGGCGAGCUCGUUGAGCUCGCCGCCGUUGAGGUGGGGAAGGAGUACGAGAUUUUGGUGACGACCUACUCAGGGCUGUGCCGUUACCGCGUCGGCGACAUUCUCCGGGUGACGGGUUACCACAACUCGGCGCCGCAAUUCCGAUUCGUGCGGCGGAAGAACGUGCUUCUGAGCGUGGAUGCCGACAAGACGGACGAGGCGGAGCUGCAGGCAGCAGUGGAGAAGGCGUCGGAGAUUCUAACGAAGACGAGCGUGGUGGAGUACACGAGCUACGCGGAGACGAAGACGGUGCCGGGGCAUUAUGUGAUAUACUGGGAGCUGAUGGGGGGUGGGGCCCCCGAGGAGGGGGUGAUGGAGCGGUGCUGCUUGGCAAUGGAGGAGGAGCUGAACGCGGUGUACCGGCAGGGCAGGGCGGCGGACGGGUCGAUCGGGGCGCUGGAGAUUCGAUUGUUGAGGAGUGGCACGUUUGAGGAGUUGAUGGACUAUGCACUGUCUAAAGGGGCUUCGAUCAAUCAGUAUAAGGUGCCGAGGUGUGUUACCUCGGCUCCUAUCCUGGAGCUGCUCGAUGCGAGGGUCGUGUCGAGCCAUUUCAGCCCCGAGGCGCCGCGGUGGAGCCCCGAGCGCCGCUUCUGAGGAGUUGGUUUGAAACUUUGAAUGGAUAAUUGAGAAUAAGAGCUACUUAUGUUUGUGUUUUUUACUUUUUACCAUUAUAUUCCUAAUUGUCUUGCGUUAUAUGCUUAAUUAAUGAUUAAUGGAGUAUUUCAUUAUCGUUUAA